CCUCCGUCUUAGAAAUCUGCACCAGGCCUGAGGCGACGUCAUGGAUUUCUAAGCAUCCCGACCGAAAGGUGCUCACAUACACAUGCAGCCCCUCUUUGCUGACCCUCUGCCAAUGCUGCGCUCUCUCAUCCCUUCGCAGCUCAGACUCACUACACGGAGCUUCCUACAAACUCCCAAGCAACAGUGCAACUUCCAGACGCACUUCCAUACCUCCAUACCACGACAGCGGAUACUGCCCGAAAUGACCGACGAGCGACCUACCGGAUUGAAGGCCAACAAGGGCAUUGAGUUGCUCACCUUCGCCACGCCAAAUGGCUGGAAGGCCACAAUAAUUCUGGAGGAGUUGAAGGAAGCCUACGGCAAGGACUAUACCUGGCAAAGCAUCAACAUCAGCCAGAACAUUCAAAAAGAACCCUGGUUCACCAAGCUUGGCCCAAACGGUCGCAUUCCGGUCAUUGUAGACCACGACCAGGGUGGUUUCGCUGUUCAGGAAGGCUUAUCUAUCCUUACCUAUCUCACGCGCCACUACGAUCCCGAGCACAAGUUCAGCUUCGCCGAUCCAUUUGACGUCUCGCGCGCAGAACAAUGGAUGGCCUGGCAACACGGCGGCCUCGGCCCCAUGCAAGGUCAAGCCAACCACUUCAACCGCUUUGCAAAGGAGCGCAUCGCAUACGGCAUGCAACGGUACACGGGCGAAACCGAGCGCCUCGUCGGCGUUCUCGACACCCAGCUAAAAGACCACGACUACCUCGUCGGCGACAAGUACAGCAUCGCUGAUAUUGCGAGUUUCGGGUGGAUCCACAUGCUGCGCUUCUCGGGUGUAGACUUGGAGGCCUUCCCGAAUGUGAAGGCGUGGUGGGAGCGUAUUGUCGCACGCCCAGCUGUCCAGAAGGGAUUGGAUGUUCCGUUCAAGGUUGGCAUUGGGAAUGAUGCGUACCUGCAGAAAUUGAAGGAUGAUAAGGAGUUUGCGGAGACUGAGCAUAAGCUGAAAGAGCAGAUCAAAGCUGCGAAGGAGCAGUAUGGAUACAAGUACUCUUCGCCGUAGAGCUGAAUGGAACGGAGGGUGGAUUAUUACGAUGAAACAAAAUACUAAUCAGGAGCAUCUACGAAUGUCACACUCUCCACCUUGUUUCGUCUUCACAGCGAU